UGUUCGCCGACAAAACCGAAUGAAUCCUGUUGCCGUUCACCAUUUUCACCACAUCAAAUAGCAGAGUUCGGGUGCUUGGAAUUUCGCCCCAUUCGGAAGGAACUUGAACUUGGUCCGGCGGGGCCGGCCUUCAGUCUAACGGUGAUUCUGUACGCGUAAACAUUCGAAAACGAUCUCGCGAACGGGUCCCAUCAGAGCAUCGGCAAUCAGAAGUGGAAGGUGACUGAAGGAAGAGUGUGUGGCUGGUGUAUGAGCGGUCUGGGGUCCUUAAAGUUGGUGCCAUGUGAUUUGGAGGUUCGACGAAUCCCCGGUUGAAGUGUGGCGUAGGAGCGAAAAUUGCCGCAACGUUGAAGAGGGCUUUAUUUAGGAAGCAUCUCUUUGCUGACGACUAGUGUCGGUAGUGCGUUGGAGAUUUAUGGGGUUCAAAGAAUCAGUGUGACAAGUCAAGAGCAAUGCCUGCAGAAGAAAAGGAGUGUUUGAUGAGUGUUUUUGUUUGAAGAAUACGGCCUUUGUGUCGCAAUGGAGUGUUUUGGCGAAGGAGAGUGCUUAAGCCGUUGAGUCGUUCGGGGCCAAGGUGAGAGAGUUUGGAAGAGUCGUUGAAUCGCUCAUGUGACCCGAGGAAGGUGUAUGCGCAAUCAAUUAGUGGGUGUUUUCUGGUUGUGAUACGAAGGAUUAAAUUAGGAAGAACAGCCGAGGUGGGCUGCAGCGUUGGAUGUAUCUCUCGGCGGGAUUGCAAAAAAUUAUGGAUAAUUCCCACGUAACGGCGAAGCACCAGCACCGGAGUCAGGAUGAGAUGCUGCCGGCAGAGCUCGCCCAGCAAACGACGAGUGGCAGCCCUGCGAUGAUGUUGAGCGGAGAUGCUGGACCAUUUGGCAGUUCAUCCAGUGGAGCAGAGGGGGUGUUCUACCGAGGGCUUGGGACGCUGACGGGCAAUGCCAGUGGGAUGAGCAGCGGAAUGGACAUGUCCAACAGCACCGAGACUGGCAUUGUUGCACCAGGUCACACCGAAACGACCGUGGCCGUCAUCAUCGUGUACUGCGUGCUCUUCAUCAUCGCAGCCGGUGGCAAUUUGUCCGUCGUGAUUACCCUGUUUCGAUCCAGGCGGCACCGGCGGUCCCGAGUCAGUCUCAUGAUUUGCCAUCUGGCCGUGGCGGACCUGAUGGUGGCCUUCAUCAUGAUUCCACUGGAGGUCGGGUGGCGCAUCACGGUCCAGUGGCACGCGGGGAAUGUGGCCUGCAAGGUAUUUCUCUUCAUGCGGGCGUUCUGUCUGUACUUGAGCUCCAACGUGCUGGUGUGUGUCUCGCUGGAUCGGUGCUUUGCUGUGAUAUAUCCGCUGCGGGUUUCGGCCGCCCGGAAGCGGGGCAAAAUAAUGCUCGGUGGUGCGUGGUUCAUCGCAUUCGCCAACGCCAUUCCACAGAGCAUCAUCUUCCGGGUGCAGCACCACCCGAACGUGCCGGACUUCACCCAGUGUGUGACGUUCGGGUUUUUCACAACGCCCGCCAUGGAGACGGCCUACAAUCUGUUCUGCGUGGUAGCGAUGUACUUCAUGCCGCUGAUGGUCAUCAGUGCGGCCUACACCGUAAUCCUGUGCGAAAUCUCCAACCGAUCGCGGGAGAAAGCAAUCGGAGAAUUACAUUCCCCUUUCGAGCAACACCACUUCAAAUAUAACGAUUUAGUUGAAUGUUUUCCCACUUUAAAUAAAUCCACCUUCCUUGAAGGACGUCCUCCAUCCGCCUCUCUAUACAAACGUUCACAAUUUGCUUGCGAUUUUCCCCCAUCCCCAUAUCCCCAUACAAUUGAAGUGAUUUCAAUUUCGCACCUUUGCUCUUUUUAUCCUUUCUCGUUUAUUAUCGCUUUCCCGGAAGGUGGCACAGCCGGUACAUCCGUGGCCACGACCCGGUUCGGAAACUGCACCACAACUGUAGGUGGACGAAAUGUAACCGAGCCCAUCCGAACGGUAACGAUGAGCAACAAUGGCAACAGGAUGAAGGGCUUCCAACCGAGCUACAGCGAGUUUGUGGUUCUGGCAGACGAACGAUCGUUGAUGCUGUCGCGACCAUCUUUUUACUCCGAUCCCACCCCGAACGAGUUCGAUUCGACGGUCGACUGUGGUCUCACUCGGAGUUUGGACACCGGUGGCUGGCGAUGAUAAAUCGGGUGUAACCGUAGUAAGUAGAUAGGUAGAUUAAGCCGAAGGAAAUAUCACCAAGCAGAAGUUCUGCAGGAAGACUCAAGAAACAGUGGAGAGUAAAUGUAGAGUGCAACUGGACGUACAAUUAUGUUAGAGUAGGGCAAAGUUUUUAACGAAGGAUCUACAAAGCAUGACCAGGACGAGUAAUAAUCGGGCUACAUGAUAGAGAGUGACAGAGAGGUAUUUUUCUAACUAGAGUUAAAAAUGUUUCAGACCAGCACAAUAGCAAAGAGUGAGUGAAAAGACAAAUCUAUAUUUUGUUUUUGUCGUUUAGAAAAUCUAAUAAAUUGAAUUUCAUGUUCAAAA